GCUGUCUGCUAGCGGUCUUUGUUGAGACCGUCGCUGCAGCCACUUUCCACGAAUCAGCUGUGUGUUUGCUGAGGAUCACAGGACGCGUUUGCAAGCUUUUUUUUUUUCUUUCUUUCUCUCUUCGCUCGUCGUCAGACAUUGUGAACUUGAGUGAAGUUUGGUGCGUGACGUUAUUUCGCUCCGGAUGCGUGAAGCGACAGAAGUGAAGGGGAUCUCCUGUGUAUAUAAACAAAACGCACAGAGGCUAGCUGUUAAGGUGGCACGUCAAAGCCAGCUGGGUCCGUCUCUCUCCACAUUAGGGAACUUGCAGAAGACGAUGGAGGAGACGGCGCAUCGCUGUUAGGGAGUUGGAAACGCACUCCAAAAUAUAAAUACAUAUUAUUGCGCACGAACAUGAGCGGAGAGGGCAGCUUGUUGUCGGGAAGGCGGCCCAUGGCAAGCGAGAGAGGGGGUGAACUUCCCUGCUGCUGCCCCUGCUUCACGGAGGAGAAAGGAGCACCUGCGAGCCAGAAGGGCGACCUGCCACCCCCUCGUCACUUCUCCAGGUCCGACUAGAGAGGAAGAAAAAAACCCCGAGUUUGCAGAUCAUGGAGACGGUGGGAAAGUUCGAGUUCAGUCGGAAGGACUUGAUAGGACAUGGCGCAUUUGCUGUCGUGUUCAAAGGCAGGCACAGAGAGAAACAUGACUGGGAGGUGGCGGUGAAAUGCAUAAACAAGAAGAACCUCGCCAAAUCCCAGACAUUGUUGGGAAAAGAGAUCAAAAUACUCAAGGAACUUAAACAUGAGAACAUUGUUGCGCUGCUGGACUUUCAGGAAACGGCCAGCUCGGUGUACCUGGUCAUGGAGUACUGCAAUGGCGGGGACCUUGCUGACUAUUUACACUCUAAAGGCACACUGAGCGAGGACACCAUUCGGGUUUUCCUGCAGCAGAUUGCAGGGGCCAUGAGGGUCCUGCAGGCUAAAGGCAUCAUCCACCGGGACCUGAAACCACAGAACAUCCUGCUGUCCUACCCACCGGGGCGCAAGUCACACUCCAACAACACCUGCAUCAAGAUAGCGGACUUCGGCUUUGCCAGGUACCUCCAGAACAACAUGAUGGCAGCGACGCUCUGCGGGUCUCCCAUGUACAUGGCUCCUGAGGUCAUUAUGUCGCAGAACUACGACGCCAAGGCUGACUUGUGGAGCAUAGGAACCAUUGUGUUCCAGUGUCUGACUGGGAAGGCGCCGUUUCAGGCCAGCAGCCCCCAGGACCUCCGGCUGUUCUAUGAAAAAAAUAAGACUCUCAGCCCCAACAUCCCCAGAGAGACCUCAUGUCACCUGAGACACCUGCUGCAGGGUCUGCUGCAGCGCAACCACAAGGACCGCAUGGACUUCGAUGAGUUUUUUUGUCAUCCUUUCCUGGAGGCCAGCGCGUCCACGAAGAAAACAACUCCUACUGUGACCAUGACAUGCUUCCCCAGCUCUGCGUCGGCCAGCUCGUGUAGCAGCUCCUCCACCUCCCACCUUGCCUCCCCGCCGCAGUCUCUGGCCGAGGUUCAGCACCUGCGUGCCAAAGCUCUGCCCUCCCCUACCCAGGAGGCCACUGGCUUCCUCCUCAAGGACUCGUCCGGAGGAGGCGGCAGCAGCAAGAACUCCUCCUCCUGCGACACAGACGACUUUGUCAUGGUGCCCGCUCACUUCACCACAGCUGAGCUGACCUGUGAGAGUAAAAUGCUGCAGGACAGCCUGAUGAACAGUGGCUCUCUUCUGGUCUCCGCUGGUCUGUGUAGCCAAGCCAAAACUCCACCGCACUCGCCGUCCUACAGCGGCUCUCCAAGCCCAGUCAGGCCCAGUGAGUUCUCAGCGAGUAACUAUGGUGGUAACUAUGGUAACUAUGGCCAGUCUGUGCCUAUCCCGGUUCCCACUCAGGUCCAAAACUACCAGCGCAUGGAGCAGAACCUCCACUCUCCCAGACAGGAUGGCUCGCCGCGGCUGUCGACACCGGUGCGGCGCUGCAGCAGCGGAAGCUCGCUGGGUUUCGCUCGGCCGGGGCCGUCGCCGCCCUGCGUCCAGGGAGUGGCUGCCACCGCCCGCCGGCUGUCCCUGGGAGGAGCCCGACCCUUCCAGCUCUCGCCACAAGCUCUCCAGUACACCGACACACGGCUGACGUCCCAGCAGCAGCCACAGGUGACGGGACUGGGCACGCGGCUCCACAGUGCCCCCUGCCUGUUGGAGUGCGCCAGUGGUGGCAGCAGACAGAAGAUCAGGAAGCAGCACUCGGACCCCGUGGUGGCCCCCCAGGCGGGCCCGAUGACUGUGCGUCCGCUACACUCCUCCCCCCGGCUCAGCGAGCUGAUGCAGCGCAGCCCUCUUCCCACCAUCCUGGGCUCUCCCUCCAGGACCAUUCCUCCGUUUGAGUUCCCCAAGCCUCCCAGCUCUCCGAACCUCGUGACCUUCCUGACACAGCAGGGUUUGGUCCUGGGUUCCCCCGGCAGCAGGACUGCCCCGCCCGAGCCCAGAGACACGGGACAAGCGGCGCCCGCGCAGGUCGGCCAGCCCGCUCACUGCAUCCACCGCCUGAACGACAACUCCAAGGCCUUCGGACGGUCUCAGAGUGCGGGGCGUCUGUCUGACAUGCUGCUGAUGGCUGCGUUCGGGGCAGGCGGUCCCAUGGGCGACCGCGGCAGCACGGAGAACCUGACCUCCGACAGAGCCAUAGACAUAACAGUGCCCCCUAGUGGUGGUGGAGGUGUGCUGCCUGGAUCCAGCAGCCCGGCGCAGGUGGUUUUCACCGUGGGCUCCCCUCCCAGCGCGAGCACUCCACCUCAUACCUCCCGACACAGGAAAUACUCAGGCUCCUCCAGCUCCAUCAGCCCAGCAGGCUCCUUCACGGGCCGCCAUCCUCAGACGGGCACCUACCUGGACGGCUUUGAGGCCUCAUCCAGUCCCCGCUACAGUUUCAUGGACCCCAUCACGGCCAAUAUGGGUGGUCCUGUAGCCUUCGAGGCUCCUGAGCUGCCUGAGGAGACCCUGAUGGAGCAGGAGCACACAGAGACUCUGCAGAACCUGCGCUUCACGUUGGAUUUCGCCCGCUGCCUGAUGGAGGUGGCCGGGGCCCGAGGGACUGGCGCUGCUGGGGAGCCGGCGGACGCCUCCCAUCCCUUCCUCCAGCAGCAGAGCCUGGUGGCGGACCAGAUAAGCUCGCUCAGCCGAGAGUGGAGUCAUGCAGAACAGCUAGUCCUGUACCUCAAGACUGCAGAGCUCUUGUCCACUGCCUUACACACAGCCAUGGAGCGAGUCAAACAGGGCAAACUCUACCCGUCUUCUACCGUCAAACAGGUCGUGCGGCGGCUGAACGAGCUGUACAAGUCGAGCGUGGCGUCCUGCCGCUCCCUCAGCGCCCGGCUGGAGCACUUCUUCUCCCGGAAGCAUCGUCUAAUGGACCACAUCACCUCCAUCACCGCCGAGAGGCUGCUCUUCAGCCACACCGUGCAGAUGGUUCAGGCUGCUGCGCUGGACGAGAUGUUCCACCAGGGGGAGUCGUCGGUGGUGCGUUACCAUAAAGCGCUCCUGCUGAUGGAAGGCCUGUCGCUGCUGCUCACCGAGCAGGACGACAUCCUCAGUGUGAGCAAAUGCAAGGAGUGCAUCGAGCGUCGCCUCACUGCUCUGCAGUCAGGACUGUGUGUUUGAGGGUCCUACUCUGCAGCUUAAAAUGUUGCUUUGAUGUCAGUAAUUUGCACCCUAAGGAACCACACCUCCACCCCUCAACCCAGUAAGGAUUUCCAGCAUACAGUGCUUUGAUUUUCAUUUAGACACCCGUCACCCUGCAGGGUGUGUGCUCUCUGAAGGGUCUGCCGUGUGUGUGUGGGCUUUUGGACGUGGACAGUGGGCUUUGACACUUAACAUGGACCAGUGCUGGAUGUGAGAUAUUUAUGUUGUGAAAGACUGACUGCAUUUUCUGUGAGAAGACCCCGCCCGUGGCACUGAGGAGGGCAUUUUUCGCCAAGGAGUUUUGUGUAGAUUCUCUUCACUACCGGCAAUGCAUCCAGGAGCAAUCAUAGCCAAGUAAUCAACGCAUAGCAUUUAAAAAUGGACCAAUAUAGAUGCUAAGGAUUCAUAAUUGGUAUCCGUGCAGAUAAAAUGUUACCCCUCACUAAGAUCAGUAGCUGGUGAGAAAGUAUCUACUGUACCCCCACAUAAGGAAGGGUGCUGAUGGUUUGGAUUUGUCCGAUAUCAUUCUGAGCGUGUGUGUGUGUCCUGUACCGCGUGUUUACUUCUCCAUAUUCAAUUUAAUGUCAUUUGUUUUGUGUAAGGGGAAGCAUCCAUAGGACUGCUAGGUGACCGCUAGUGCACACAAGCACUGAUUUAAAAACAAAAAAAAAUCUGUGGCCAAAAGUGACUAAACAAUUAUUAUUAUUAUUUUUAUUUUAAACGUUUCGGUUUUGUUGAUAUAUUUUCAUUUGAUUUCAUUCAAGUUAUGUAAAGGUGCUGUUGUGGAAGCGAUUCCCUUCAUGCAUCCCACUUUCUGACACUUUAUUUGUGACACUUUUGCCAUAUCAAAUACCAUGUCCCCUUUUUGGAACAGGACUGUUGUGUCAGGAGUGUGUGGCAGACUCUGCUGCGCUGUCUCUAACAUGAUGUGUAUUAUUAUUAACUAGGAGGUAAGUUACUGGGGCAAUAAGCGAUUCUCUUUAAAAAAUUACGUUUCUUAUUUGCAACCCAGACAACACAUUUCUUGAAAUUAAGUAUCCAUCAGCUUGGGUGAUGGAUAUGGAAGAUAUGAAAUCAUAUCAGUUGUCCCAAUUUUAUUCGACACACCAAAAUAAGCCACAAGAAAAGCGAGACUAAAGAAAUAUGGGUAACCAAAAAUGAUUCAUUGUUACCCGUCCAGCAGAUAAUCAACUUUGAUGUCACUUUAUAGCCCUUUUCAUGAGACUUAAGGGCAGCACCAGUAUUCCUGCUUUCCUGCUGAGACUUAAAUGAAUUUUUAAAAUUUUUUUUAUCUUUUUUAUGCUUUUUUGUAUAUUGGUUUCAGACUGUCCCAUUCUUUCUGCUGGUAAGAUGCAACAGUGAUCCUCCAGUCUCGAUCUUCUGUAUUAUGUGUCUCCCAAUACAGCAGAGAACUCUCUAGCAAGGCAACAUUUCCCUCAACAAAGUCCAAAAAAGAGAUUAACAUAAGCAGGUGCAGCUGUGAUACACACACCUGUAGUUCAUCCACAUAGAACGGACAGGUAGUGGCAGUAAAACCUCAGUGAGACUGAAAACACGUGUUAUGUAGAGUAAAAUAUCUUAUUCUCAAACUAUUUUUAGUCAUCAUCUCAUGUGAGUGGAUAUUAUUUAAAAUAUUUUCAUGAGAGCAUAAAUAAUCACUUUGUUUCAUUUUUUUACUUUUUGGUCAAAAAAAAAAAAAAAAAUCACUGAUUGCACCUUUAACCAGUAACAGUCAGGAACGUUUGACCAAAGUUUUGUGGAGCUGGAGAAGCGCAGAGUCGAGCUUUCGCCUCAAAAGGCUUCAAACGGAAACGGUCUGUCGGUUUCAGCGAUCGCCACCAUGUCGCCAGGUUUCCAGGAAACACUCUGCUGCAGUCGAAGCCGAGUUGUAUUCUUCAGAUCUUUAUAUAUAGUAGCCUUUUUUUCUUUUUCUUUUUUUUUUUAUUUCCAGCCCAUCAGUGAUGCUGUCGAGUAGCAGGAAGCAUCAGCUUUGAAUGUAGGGCUGUGUGCGAGGAGCAGCCUAAAGGUUAGGCACCUAGCAGCGAGUCUGAUCCCAGAGCUAACGCCUGAAUCCAGGUUACUGCACUGUUGAAGUACUGUAGAGAACCAUCUUGAAUGGAACAUGCUGACCAUGUCCAUGUUUUUGUAGAUAUUUAGACAUAUUAGCCUAUUUAGAAUUUUUUUUUUUUUUUUUUUUUUAAUUUUUACUUCCAUAACUAUUGUGCAGUUUUAGAAUCAAGACCAAGAGGAGAUGUGUGGUUGGUGUGUGUGAGUGCUGACAAAUAAAUGGUAUAAGCUAUAAAAGCCUUGAAAGGUGGAAAAAAAAAAAUUGUACACUGAAAAAACAAACAAACAUAGAAGAAAAAAAAAAAAAAAAAACGUUGUACUGACUGUGUUGUGUUGAAUUUCAGAGUAGCCAGUGGAUACAUGAUGAUUGUGUUGGAUUUUGAACAGCGACUUGCUUGUGCUGAUUUGGAGUGAUGGUUGAAAAUAUUUGUUUUUGUUUGUUUGUUUUUUUUCUUGCUUGAGUUAUUUAUGUAUUGUAGAUAUUGACCCUCCCAGAAAGGAUGCCAUGGCUCCCUCCCACCCCUGGAGCUUUGACUUCAGCCCUACAUUGUGGACCAGAGGACAGGGUCAGCUUCUUCUCGGGCUUGUACAGUGUGCAUGUGUGGACCAGUGUUGUUUGUGUGAGGUCACCGACGGACAGUGCAAUUUUUUUUUUUUCAUUCAAUGCACAGAAUUAAAGGAACUGCUGUGUAACAAGGUGUGAAAAUCCGAUUUUUGUCAGCAGUCUACCUUGCACGGGGUCAGAUUUUUUUUUUUUUUUUUUUUUUAAACCAAAAACAUUCGCUGAAAUCAAGGGUCACUCUGGUGUGUAUGACAGAGUAUUAGGGCCAUUGUGUGAGGAAAAUAUGAAAAAUAGUUAAAUAUAUAUGAUUAUGAAGCGAGUUGAGUGGGAAUAUUCUGAGAAACAAACUCAGAUAUUCUCUGAGAUUCAAGUCGUAAAUUUACAAGAAAAAACCUCAGCAAAUUCUCUGAGAUUCAAGUGGCAAAUUUACAAGAAAAAAACUGCAGAAAUUCCUUGAGAUUUAAGUCGUGAAUUCAUGAGAAAAAACUUCGAAAUUAGUAUGUUUUCUCCUGAAGAGGCCCAAGUCAUGGUAAUGUGUCUUCAAAGUUCUUGAUUCUUAUGAUGAUAUUGUGAUUCUGGGAUAAAAUCACCGGGAUUUCAUUGUUACUAAACCAGUUUGCAAAGUAUAAUUUGAUGAGGUCAUCGAUUGUAGGCGUGAUAAACAGCAAAGUGAAGCGGGGAGAAAAAGUAAAAGAAAAACUAUUUUUCCAAGUUUUUUUCUCAUAAAUGCACAACAUAAAUCUCAGAGUAUUUUUUUUCUUGCAAAUUUGUGUCUUUAUAACACCUUCUUUCAUAAAUUUCUGAGUCUUUCGCCGUAAAUUUACCACUUUAAUCUCAGAAUAUCCUUUAAUCUUAAAGAGAAUACCUCCCCUGGCUCCGUAAUCCCACCCCCCAAUGGCCCUGAUACUCUGUCAUAGCAGUGAGCUGUGGCCCAAGUUCGUCUUUCUUGUCUCUGAGGUGUGCAUUCAUCCUUUUCCACCAUAAUACGAGGCAGUAGCAUAUUGAGCCCAUCCUCUGCCUCUUUAACCAAGUUGAGAGGGUGAGUGCAUAUUUCCGAGUCAGAUUGAUCGAUAUAUUGUCGAGGCAGAAGAUAAUCCCAACCGAAGCCGCCGGUAUCGUAGCAUCGUAGGAAGCAACAGAACUGAGGAAAGGCAAAAGGUUUGAAUCUGUGUUUGUUCGCUUUAGGGGGUGCUUCGUGGCCUUUUUUCUUCCCAUCAGAGAGACAGAGAUAUGCUGAAAAUCUGUUUAGAUGUUGCUUCACGUGGUGUGCUCUGUGUGUAUCUGAUCGUGUGUACAUUCCUAGUAUCAGCUGAUCACCGUGCCCUCUCUCUCCUGUAUGCACUGAUCAUUCAGGAUAAAGCAGGAACGCCUCAAGAGAGGCAGGUAGCAGCAAAGCGAUCUCUCAUCUCUUUUACGCUGAUACAUGCAACACUAUUUUCUUAUUUUUUUACUGUUCCCUUACAAUCAUCACUAUGAUCAUUACGUGAAAAAGAUGGUUAUGGUGGGUAGGAGGUAAAAGCACCAUGAGGAAAUUUUCAGUAACAGAGGAAAAAUGUUCUGUAUCUGAGCCUGACCUCUGACCUGUGGGUGGAGGGAGGCAAGUGAAAUAUUUUCUACUUUUAGGUCAGUGUUGGACCACAUCGAAAAGAUAUUGCAGUGUAACCAAUGUGCUGUGUGCACUCCCACAGUAGAUCUGUCAUUCAUUUUGAUUUUGAUUUUGUUUUGUUUGAAUUCCUGAAUAUUUUAAUUCUGUGUUUUUCACCUAUCUCUGUAUCACUUGUAAAUAUUGUAAAUUAAGUUAUUGCUCUUACUGUAUAUAUAUACAUAUAUAUAUAUGACACUGCAAGCAUGGAGAGAGUAUUCCCAUACCACAUUACACCUUUCCAAAGAAUAGGCCUUCUGCUGAUCUUCCGUACUAUCUGUUACUAUCGCGAAAGGCACUCUGAUGGCGCCCCCCGUGUAUGAAAGACACACUAUCAUCCAUGUAACCUUUUACUGUUUGAGAGUUGCAACAUGAAUAAAAAUGAAUCAAAGUUA